AUGGUCCACAAAAUGAACGGGGACACACAGAAAUCAUUAGCACUAUCUACUUGGGCUGAUAAAAGUGGCUGUCAAGCGACAACGCUACGGACCCAGGAUUCUCAGCGUAAAAUAUCUCUUUACGAUCGUCAAGCGACAAUACAGCAAAGGCGGGAUCGACAGCGUAAAACAUCUCUCUACGACAACUACCCUGAUGUGAUUGUUGAACCUUUUCCUGACAUCUUACGAAUAACAAUGUUUCGCCUACCGAGCCUACGGGGAAGCUCGACGCAACAUUCCAUUCGAAGAAGCACAACAGACGUCCGCAAGCAAUCCGUGGUAUGUUGUCUCACCUCGUCCUGUGUAGCUGCUAUAGCCCUGACUAUCAUGCGUAGGUUUUCAUGCCUUUAUUGA